UUUUGAAAGGCAGUUUCUGGAAAAAGCCCUGGAAAAUAUUCAGAGUGAUUUAUAUUUUUGAUGAAGAAAAGGGAAGCCGUCAUGGAAUUGGUCAACAGGAAUCUGUAGACCUGUGUUGUUGUUAUUGUUCAAGGCAAUUCCGUUGCCUUAUCUUCGAUUGGAAUAUAUAGAAUUGUCUCUAAAGUAGAUCAGUUAAAGGAAUCACCAACAUGGAUGUGUUUCGAAACGGAUUGAACAAUCAUUUGAAUGAGAAUGAAAAGCCGUACACCACUAAAUACAGUGUAUGGGUUCCUCCUGGCCACUUAAAUAAUAUGCAAACAACUGAACUGAUCGUGACAGAUCAUGUUUUGACGAGCGAGGAACUCAACGAUCUCAGGAUGAGCAAUAACUGGGAGGACAGUCUCAAGCGGACGCAGAAGAUCAUUCAGGAUGGGUCACUUGAGCUGUCGGAAACCGGGCGGGCCCUCAAGGUCCAGUCAGAGCGCCCUCACUUGGUCAGUCUGGGUGGAAGUCGGAUCAGCACUGCAGUUACGCUACUGCCACUGCCAGAAGGGAAGACUAGGAUAGGAACCACAGAAGCGAGUGUGAAGCAAGACGUCCUCAUCACUGGUAAAGAUGUCCUACCGGAACACUGCUGCGUUGAGAACCUGAAUGACACCGUAGUCCUUUACCCCAUUGGAGCCUGCAGUGUCGACGGGGAUAGGAUCACCAGCCCUACUAAAUUAACUCAAGGAGCCAUGCUGUGCUUUGGCAAAUCUUGCUUUUUUCGCUUCAACAACCCUUCAGAGGCCAAACAGCUUAAGCAGGGUCUCUGUGGAAGAAAUGGCAUCGACAAUGGUGUCAGGACAACCUACGGCUCAGAUGCACAAAAUGGAAACCACCAUGAAAACGGGGAGACCCACAACAGCGUUGGUUUCACAGAGGCUAUGAAGCCAUCAGGUCGUCCGGUGCAUCUCAGGUUGAACAAUACGAACAGUAACCACAAUGCCAUCCCAAAGAGCCCUCUAGAGGAGAGCAUUGAGGCGGAACUGAGAGAGAUAAUGCGGCAGGUCUCUAACGACGAGGAUCUGUUAUCCGAGACGUAUGUCAAUAAGUAUGCACUGUCUGAAUCACCUGAGAAGCAAGAUGAGAACGAUUCAGUCUUCUCCCCCAUUUCUGGCUUGUCAGCUAAUCCAGAUGUUUGGGCUGACACAGGACCGAAUAGUAGUGGUACUACGAUGUUCCCCUUUGGGAAUCCCAUGGACCUACGCGAAACCGCAAUAUGCGAUGAUGAAUUUGAGGAAAAUGAUGGAACCAAUGCUACAAAUGACUACCAACCCCCUGUCAGUGCUAUCAGGUCAAAGUUUGAGGACUCUUUGAGAUACAGUGAAGGGGGAUCAUCAAAGAAGCUUCAUGUUGGUGUUACGACGAGUCCCCGUGGGACCCUGGAACACAAGAGAGGACCUCAUUCACCAAGCCGAGUCAAACUUGGUCAAAGCAGCCUGUAUUCAAACAAAACUCCUCCAAAGAAGUCCGACCAAAUGGAUCGAUCCUCAAGUGGAUCAAGUCUAAGCUCGGCAUCACUGACCACAGUCACAAGUAAUGCCACAGAACGAGAGUCGUCUGGUUCCGAACAAUCUGGAAUAAGUUUAGCAUCAAGUUCAAGUUCUGAAAUCAUUGGACAAAAUUUGGUGUUGACUUCUCAAAGUCAGUUGCACACUCCUAUACCUCAGUUAUCUACACCUGUGCCAAACUCAAAAACCAAUGGUGAUGCAAUUUUAAGGUUAAAAUCAGAAUCUCCUCCUGAGAUAAAAUCUGGGGUGCUGCCACCAGAGCUCAGUAAACUUAUCAAUGAAGAAGAGCCACGGCAUACGUUGAUUCUAGAUCCAGAUGAGUUUGAGGAUCCGGAGCAGAAGGAGCUCUGCAUGCAACACAAAAUGGCCGUUGAGGAGCGCAAGCAGGAGCAGAAGAUGGCCACCUUGGAGCGGCUUCGCAUGGAGGAAAUCCUCAACAUCUGCGCGGAAUACGAGGAACAAAUCAAACACGAGAAGACAAGUGGGAGACCCAGCGAAAGCGAGCUCAGUGACAGCACGAUUGAGAGUGGCUCGUCAACUCCCAGAGAUGUCCACACCCCAACCUUCCCUCUUGAAGAAAAUCCUUCAUUCCCAACAAAUUUAUCAGUACUUGAAACAAAUAUGGACGAAGUUGAUUCAGUACCAGAUGCCAUCCCUGCCCAGGUAGCGUCGGAGUCAUCCACAGUAUCCGCUUCAUCGACAUUGUCAGCGACGGAUAAUGAGCCUCCAAGGGUUUGGUUUGAGAAGCUGAAAGACCCAGACAGUAACCCUCCUGCAGACGUAGUUGCCCCUGCUGUUAAAGUCGAAGAAGCCAGAGCAGUGGAGGCCAAAGUCGAAGCCAAAGAGGAAGUAUCCACAGCGGAUGAAGCAGCAACAGAGGACACCCGGAGUGGGGAUGAAGGGUCGCCACCACCUAAGCCACCCCGAAGCAGGUCCAGUCUGGAUGGCAUCGAGGAUAUGAAAGCUGGAGAUGAGAUGCUUAGUAUGGAUGAGAUAAGUGUCGCCAUGAAAAAGCUGGAGGAGGCGAGGGCGAUGACCAUCAAGAAAAUAGAACAGCUCGAGAUCGACGUCGAAGAGUUAGAAGUGCAAGAAACUGAAACGUUGCAAGAGUUGGAGUUGGAAGCGGCCCUCCUGGAGGGAGAACACAGAAGUGAGCUCAGUCAACUUCAAGAGAGGGAGGCCCAUGUUAGCACCCUCAAACGCAAGAAGGAUAAAAUGUCAUAUGAUGCCAUAGAAAAACGCGAAAGGGAGCGUCAACGGGUGGAGGAAGCACGGCGACGCCUCCAAAGUUUGGAGCGGCAGCAUUUUGAGUUCAAGCAGAAGAUCGAGACGUCGCCGAGGGAGGAGCAGGAAGAACUCCUGUCCCUCGCCCGCAGGGACUCCAUCCAACUGGACUCGGAGCGGAAGAAGUUUGAGGAUCUGGAGUUCAGGCAGCUGGAGAUCGAGGCGAGGAUAGAGGAAGAGAAAGAGAUCCUGGAGAAGAGGUUGUCCUUGGAGGAGGACGAAGAAGAGGAGAAAAUGAAGAAUGCUAAGGAGACAGUAUAUGACAUCAACAAGCAGAUGACGUACAUCAUCAGCGAUGCGAAGAAACAAGCUGAAAACAUUGAGAAGAAAAAAGUGGAGGCGAUAGCUCACCUUGAAAAGGAGAAGACGAUGUUGCUGAGCAUCGAGAAGCAGUAUAACAACCUAGUCCUCUACUAUUCGAGACAUAUACUACCAAAUCAGAAAGAAACUCCAGAAUUGAAAAAAAUCAAGGAGAUGGCCGAGCGUCGCCUUCGACUCGCUCCGGAGCUGUCUCUCAGCGACGAGUUCCUCGCGAGACGGAAGACAUCGGGAACUUUGACCCCAAACAUCGGGCUCAAAGGUGAAGGAGGGUCACCGUCUUCGGUGUCUCCGGCGUCGUCCACCAAUGCCUUGUCAAGGACGGGAACGACCAUCUUGGAUAUUGAGAGAAAUCGGAAACUAACCUUGGAAGAAACAGGUGAGCAAGUGAUAGAAAAGGAGAAAUCCCGCCUCAUGGAGAUGCGCAAGAAAGCCGCCGACGAGGUCAAGCUUCAGUGGGAGGAACAACGCAAGCAGCGAGAGCUCCUCAAAUCGCCGACCUCCACCACCUCAUCCGUCUCGUCAUCCCCUCUCAAUUCCAUCAGUUCCCCCUCACACCUCGGCUCCCCCACUCAUCUUCCGUAUCGACUGGAGUCGCCCACGUCGCUGGGGUACAGCGACUGCACCAGCGUGUCUAGUUUUGAGAGCAUCGAGGGGCAUUUGGACUUCGGGGGCCGGUCAGGGCACAGUACUCCAUCGCGGACUUUCAGUGGGAGUUUUGUGAACAUGUCAAGAGAGGAGAGGGAUAAGCUACUCAUGAUGGAGAAAGCUCUCCGAGAUGCUCAGGUGGAGAAGAUGGCUUUGCUAGAACAACAGGAGAGAUUGAAGCAGUUGGAAGAAAAGGCCCUACAAGAGGAGAUUCUUCGGAGAGAAGAGUUGGAGAAAAAGCUGAAGGAGGAAACCAACAAGAGGGAAGAGCUUGUGAUGGAGCAGGUCAAACUGAGAGAGAAGGCACGCAAUGUACAGUCACGACCUCUCACCCGAUAUCUCCCCAUCACGUCAGAAGACUUUGACCUGCGUGCUCACAUCGAGACGGCCGGCCACAGCGUGGACACGUGCCCGUACAUCGCCAUCACGAAAAACACAUGCCGCGGCUACAUGACCAAGAUGGGUGGUCGCAUCAAAACGUGGCGUAAACGGUGGUUCGUUUUCAGCCGCACGAAGCGAUCAUUCCUCUACUAUUCCUCCGAUAAGGACGAAACAAAACCGAAAGGCGGUAUGUACUUUCAGGCUAUCCAGGACGUUUAUUUUGAUCAUCUCAGACCCUACAAGAGCCCCAAUCCGAAUUUGACAUUCUGCAUCAAAACCAAAGAAAGGACUUACUUCCUUGUCGCGCCAUCGCCGGAGAGCAUGAGAAUAUGGAUGGAUGUUAUAGUGACUGGUGCAGAAGGCUAUAUGCAGUUUAAGUCGUGAAAAGGGAAUCUCAUCAUUUAAUGAAAUAACUGAGGAAAGCCUUCAAAAUGAAUGGAUGUCACAGUUGCUAACACAGGAGGCUGUUAGCACGACCUCAAGUGGUGAUGUGGAUAUAUUUCCUUGAAACAACUGGAGGGAUAGCCUAAACUGCAUAUAUUGGCUGUAUAACAUUGGAUGAAACAUCUGGACCCAAAGACUAUCUCUUCCAUCACAGAAAAAAAAUACUUGUCUUGAAUGUGACAGCUAUACAAAGGACCUGUUUUACUUUAGUGCAUAUGCAUUUGAGUCUUUUGUGAUGUAUGAAAAAUUCAAUUUUCAUAUUUUAUAUCAUAUCACCUUUUUAUACAAUGUCAAGUUGGCAAUUCACCAUAUAAUUCUUUUUACUAAAGAAUGAUGUCGGUGCAUACAAAUAAAUUUUAUUGUUGGUAAAAUUACAAAGUAAUACAGCAAUAUUCAGCUUCGCCAUUCUGCAAUUUUAAAUCUUUCAAACAUUUGUGGCCUUUAAAAGUAUUCUCUCUCAUUUUGAUCUUUGACAUUCAUCCACUGAUGACGUUAUCUUUAUCUUUAGAUUUUUUAAAAAUGAAACAAUAUCAAAUUUUGUGACACACAAGAUUUUUUCAUCUUUUCCCCCACUUUUUAUUCUAUCUUCAAUACCAACUGAGUUUCACUAAGAGGUUGCACAUUUUCAAGGGUAAAAUGUAUACUGCCAUAAGUUAUAGUAGCAUGUAGAAAAUGAAUAUCCUUUUUUUAUUUGUAACAUCUCUGAUUAUAAAGAAUUAUAAAGAAAUUUGUACAUUUAGUUGAUAUUUUUAAACACACUAUUAGUACUGCAAUCGAGAAAAAUAGUUGGAUAUGUUACAUUAGAUACUACUUUUCUACCAACCAUUAAACUUUUAUAUAUACCAGUUUACUGGAAUAUAAUACACAGAAAAUUAUCCAAUGUUUAUUCAUAUAUUCUUUGCAUAUUUUAAGCAAUUCUUUUCUCAAAUUUGAUGUAGUUUUCAAAUUUGUGAAGCAGUAUAUUACACUAUUGGGUCAUGGUUGCCCGAACUUAUCAAAAUACUAGCAUUUCCCUAUCAAGUAAUAUUUAUGUUCAUGGCUUUUGGGUGCACCAGUAAAUGUGCUUGGAUUUUGACCUCUUCUUUCUACUGUACCAUACCCAGUGUAUAAUCUUAUAUUUAUUACUUCAUUUUAAAAUUUGAAUUAUUAUUUCUUGAUUUCCCCAAAUGGUGCUCUUAUUUAGAUAAUUUGGACAUGUAUACAUAUAUAUAAAUGAAGCGAGAUGAGUUAUAUGAAAUCAUUUUUACCCUUGAUCAUAACGUUACUGUAUACAUGACCUCCAGUGUUAUUAUAUUCAACUUUUAGUGACUGAAAAUUUGUACUAUUGUUCGCUUGAACUCUACCAGAAAUGUUUAAUUUAAUUGUUUAAAUGACUGCAGUAUUUUCUUGUGUAAAUACUUUGUACAUGUAUAGGAUUAUUUUGUAUACAAUGCUUGUUCUUCUUACCGGUCGAGGUGUCCGAGUUAGCCGUUUUGUAUAUUUUAGUUAGUAUUGGAAAGCAGUUGGUUGGAGAAACAUGCUAUUUAUUGAUUGGAUUAGAAAGAUGCAAGGGCUGAAUUUUAGCCUGUCCAUUUUUUUUCUUCAAAUUUUAUCGAGACUUGGAUUCAACCUUGUUUCAUUUCAAACUGGUUUAUAAACAUAAGAUCCCUUUUUUAUCGCAUUCUGCAGGUUUCGUAAAAAGUUUUGUUUUUUUUUCUCCAAGUGUAUUUAACCUAUAAAUCUGUUUCAGAAAAAGUUCAAAAUCUUAUAUAAUAACAAACUACCAUAUUAUCAUCUUCCCAGUAUGGUCGGUAAUUCUAGAAACAAAAUCCUAUUUUAUAUUUCUAAACAAGUCAUAAUUUCUUACUUGUCGCCAUAAACAUAAUACAAAAAUUAACUUAUUCCAAAUUCAGGGCAGAUAUCCAAGUGUGUCUUAACUAUUAAUGCAGAUAGUAAUUGUUUUCGGUAGUUUUAUGAAACCAUAUAUUUAUAAAAUUUUCAAUCCUUAUUGGUUUGGGAUUGAUAAGGGCGUGGUGAUAAAGCUUUCUACAAAGUUGAAAUCUCUUUGCUGUAUUUACCAGCCAUCCUUGAAUUGCAGUUAUAAAGUUUCAAGAAUAUUUAAAGUGAUUGGGUCAAUGAAAAUGAUAAUAAUGCUGAUGUAGUUGAUACAAAGUAAUGCUAAUUGUAAUUUCUCCAUGUGCCUAAUUUGUUUGACCAGAUAAUUGCCCUAUUUUAUGUGUCACAUUUAAGUACCACCCUGUUCUUGUAAUAUCUUGCUGCAUGAUGAAUACUUAAUACAAACACAAAGAUAUGAUUUGAUUUUAUCAACUUGAGAAAGCGUGUCAUACUUGAGAAUACUCAUCAAUGUACUCAAUGCAAAUAUAUGAUUGUAUGUUACUGUUAACAAUAUUACUUUUGAAAAGUAACAAAUUUUACAAUGUUUUUCUUCAUUAUCUUCAUAUUAUUGAGUUUAUUCUUGCAUUUAUUGGGUUUGACUGCCUUUCAUAAUUAAAAGUACAGAUUCAUACCUUA